GAACUUUAUCGCGACAUCCCACUCUCCCAGUUGCCAGCCGGUUGGGUGGGAUGCUGUCACCGUAGUUUCUUAUUUCGUAUAGGUACACCACCUGCCAGCGCCACCUCCACGCGCUGGACGCAGCCCAUACCACCACCACCGCCGCCGACCUCCCUUCCUCGUGUCUUGGCCGACUUGUGCAUCUCUCGGCUCAUCAUUCCCCAGUAAACCCACCACCGUCUGCUAUCAUCGACGACGCACCCAUCUCCCCGGCUUCCCCUGUUCAUCAAGCACCACCCAACCUCCUUCUGUCUUCCUCAUCACAACCAUGUCCACCGCCACGAGCGUGUUCAAACUUGGCCGUGGUGCUGUGCAAAUGCACUAUGAAUCGUGUGAAACUUGCGGCAAAAGCAGAGUGGUCUCGCUCGACAACACGGUGGGGCUCGUACCAGCGUCCAAGAGUGUGCGCACCACCGAUCGCAUCAUUCGCGACACAUGUCGAUGUAAACGCAAGCGAUCGAGCCAUCCGUCCAUCGACGUCAGCCAAACCAAGCCUACGGGUUCCUCCAAGCUACCCACACCACAGCACCACCAGCCAAAGCAGCAUCGUCGGUCGGUCCCGUCAUCAACGUCCCCCGUCGGGGCCAAGUCGAGUCUCUCGAAGAUCGGCGACGCUUCAAGCAAGGCACCGCCCCAAGCCUCCCCUUUGUCUCAGCAUUACGCCCCACGCUCACUUCGCAUUCGCUUGCACAAAGUUGUGGACGGGUACAAGGCCCUGGCGCCGCAAACAGUCUCGCUUAAGAUCCUCAUUCAUCACUACGAUGGCGUGUACAUUGCGAUUCCGCCCAUGGGUGUUGACACUGCCAAUUGUAAUAGUACUACUAGUACUACUAGUAGUAGUACUACUACUACCGCCCUCCUCCCUCCCACCCCGUCAACACCCCGUUCAACCAACAUCCAUGCAGAGAGUGUGGUUGCGACGACAACACCACCACCACCACCACCGAAGGAACCUGCAGAGACCAUCAUCCAUGUGACCACCACUCCAAGUCCACCGCGGGGGCCUUCAACCAGGUCCGCCACUAGCACCCCUUCCACAUCGCCGGCGCCGUCCGCGCCAUCGUCCCCCAUCGCGCGCCCCGUGCUCCUUCCCAAUGGCCUCACACUUCUCGACUUGAGCAGCCCGCCGUGGACAGUCAUGCAUCCAGAAGCCAUCCACAACCGAACGCAGUGCGAAGUGUGCGGCAAGCAAGGCUCGCUCAUCUGCUGCGAUCGGUGCCCUUCCGUGUACCACACCGACUGCCUCCCGCGGGACCAUGCCAUCACUGUGGACCCGUGGCUGUGUCCGAGCUGUUUGCAGACGCCGUUCGACCAGGAUAAGGCGUGCCGGCUGUGUGCAGGGGAUACCAACUUGUCGCAGAUCAUCUUAUGCGACUGCUGCGACGACGAAUACCACUUGUACUGCUUGAACCCGCCGUUGGCGGCCGUGCCGGACGGCGACUGGUUCUGUCCGGUCUGUUCGAGUCUAGGCCAUACCCGGCGCCAGUGCCUCAAGAAGAAAAGCCAGCGCGGCGGCGGAAAGCCGCGCCCGCAGUUCUCGUACCCGUCCUUGUUGCAGGAAACGUAUGAGGACCUGACGAUUCUCGAUCGGGGCGCGUGGAUGCGCCCCCCGGGGCUCGGCAAGCAGUGGACGACCGACGACGUGCGCAAACUGACCCACGCGCAGACCAAGACCCGCCUCUUUCGGGACAAAGCGACGGGGCGCGCGCGCCGCGAGGCGCCGUCGCUGUCGAAACUGUCCCAGACGGCCAAUGUGCUGUGGUUUGCUACGAAACUUCCGGACCCCGAUGCCCGGCGGCGGCUGCUCCAACUCGCCUACUCGACGCAACUCAACGCCGAGUUUCGCAUUCGACUGCCCAUGGCCGAGAGGGUGGCGGCGAUGCUGCGAUGGCGAUACAUCUGGCCGUCGUCCGAGUUUGAAGUCGACGUGUUCAUGCGGCUCCUGCGCACGUGGCAUGAAAUGGAGCAGACGCUGUACGUCCGCCGGCCGCAACUGUCGCCGCCGCCGUCUCCGCCGCACCUGCCGUGGGGAUUUGGCCCCCAUCGUCGGAAUAAUAGUAUGCCGACGGCUCGUGGUGGAGGAGGGGGAGGGGGGGUAAAAGAGCGACUGCAGCUCGGCUACGACCACCCUGACCGCCCGAAACCGGCCGACCUGGACCCACAGUUGGUCGCAAAAGUGGCCCUGCUACGCAUCACGAGCCCCAUGUCGGUGCGCUCGAUAUUGAAUCCGUUUUAGGACAACCAGUCAGUCAGCAGUUUAUUUACCCCAAUGACUACGAAUAAUCGAUCGUCCUGUUGUUAAA